UUGCCAUAGAAAUAGGACAACAGGAUGAGGCUGCUUGUGAGAAUCUGUGUGUACAGAGCAGGCUAGGCGCUACUACAGGGUUUAAAUUAUUUUAAAGGGGGGUGACUAACGCGAAAUACAACUACAUCUCAACAUAACGGAUCAACGCUAAUCCUGGUGGGAUGAUUAACACCGUCGCGUUUACAGAUGCUGAACUAAGAAUGGCCACAAAUGUAUCUUCGCCACACGAAUGAGUUGCAAUAUUUGAUAUUUAUUUAUUUCACAUAUUUUAUAUUUUGUGUUGGCUAUUAGAAAUACAGGCGCACGUUGCGUAGAAUUGCAGCCUGCAGAAGAUAUUUUUUUUCUCCUAAAAACAAAAUUGUGUAUAGAACCGCGCACAGAUUGCAGAAGAUGUUCUGUGCGCGAGCAGAUGGAGACUGCUCGGUCGCACCGUUACAAGAUGACGCUACGGCUUGACGGGCUUGUCGUUAUAGUGGGCUACCGACUACUGAACGGGGAUGAAACAACAGAGCAUGAAACUGGAUGUUAGGUAUUGUUUUUGUACUAACUGACCGUCGUGAAUUAGUUGAAGAUGGCGACUGGAACCGGUUGGCAGCAACCGUACAGUACCUCGCCUGGCAACCCAUCCGUUAUCACCGGAGCAGGGAAAUUUAAUUCAUCCCCAACGUCAAACAUGUUCUACGAGGGAGGAUUAUCGUUGGAGUACACUCAAGACCUCCAUCUGAAAAUGAGUAAGAAAAUAGCGCAGCUCACAAAGGUGAUCUACGCCCUCAACACCAAGAACGACGAGCACGAGGAGGAGAUGGACUCCCUGCGCGAGGCUCACGAGGACGAGGUGCAGCACAUCGUCACGGAGACGCGUGACAAGAUCAUGCAGUACAAGAGCAAGAUGGCGGACGAGGCGGACCUGCGGCGACGCCUGCAGUCCCUGGAGGAGUCUGUGGAGCUGCACGAGCACAUGAAGCGCCAGGCGCUGGCUGAGUUCCAGAUGUACCGGCAGCGCAUGGAGGACUCCCAGCUGUGCACAGAGGCCCAGCACACGCAGCGCGUGGUCUCCAUGUCUCGCGAGGUGGAGGAGAUGCGGCGAGACUUCGAGGAGAAGCUGCGCUCCUUCAGCCAGACGCAGGCGCAGUUCGAGCAGGAGAAACGUCACGCCAUCGAGGAGCUGCGGGUCACACACAGGCAGGAAGUGCAGGAGCUGCUGCACAGCCAGCAGAACCAGAGCGCCAACUCCACGGUGGACCAGGAGAAGCUGGCCGAGCUGCACCGCGCCCAGGUGGACAGCCUGAUGGAGCAGGUGGAGGAGCUGACCAAGGACAAGGUGCGGCUGGUGGAGGAGUACGAGGCCAAGCUCACCAAGGCACAGAGCUACUAUGAGAGGGAGCUGGAGGCCAUGAGGCGCUCCCAGCAGAUCACCGCAGAGAACCUGCUGGCUUGGAAGAGGACUGAGGUGGACCUGAGGAAGGAGUUCCAGGCCCAGGAGUCAGCGCUGCAAAGGACUCUGGGUAAGCUGCGUGCAGAACUGCAGAGAGCCCAGGAGGAGGCUAGGGAGAGCCGAGAUAAGACCAACCGACUCCAGACCUCCCUCACCAACGCAGAGGGCACUGUCAAGAAUCUGCAUAAGCAGCUGGAGGAGGCGAUCCAGGACGGGGAGAUCUGGGUGAUGCAGCUGAAGGACACGGAGUACGAGCUGGACGCCAGCAGGGACAGAGUCCAGCAGCAGGCCAGCGAGAUCCUCCUCAAAGCCAGCCAGAUCGGAUCCCUGCAGGCCACCCAGAUGAGCCACGAGGCCACCAUCAGGGAUCUGGACUGUGAGCAGAUCCGUCUGAGGGAGAAGAUCCAUCGCCUGGACGAGGAGAGGGAGAGCCUGCUCAACCAGGCCCAGGCAGCUGACGAGCAGCACAAGCAGCAAGUCCUGGACCUGGAGCAGUCCCUCCGUGAGGAGCGUCAGGGCUACGAGAGGGAGCUGGGGCGGCUGAGAGGCCGGUACGAGGAGGAGGCGGUGAGGCUGGGGGAGGCGCAGGCCAAGGCUCUGGAGGAGCUGGAGGACAAACACCGGGCCGUGCAGGAGGACGCGCAGAGUGCCGCGGAGCGGGAGAGGAGCCUGCUGGUGGCGGAAAUGGGUCAGGAAUACGAGAUCCAGCGCCUGUCCCUGGAGGAACAGAGGAACCGUCUGCAGCUGCAGCUGGAGAACCUGAAGGAGGAGCUCUCUGCCAAGCUCAACAUAGCACAUCAAGAGGUGUCUCAUCUCCAGGAGAUGGUGAAGGAGGGAGAGCAGAACCUGAGCUCGGCUCACUACCAGAUCUCCGGCCUGAAGGAGACUCAGGAGAGACUGUGCACCGAGCUGGAUGCCACCAGGUCCAGGGUUAGAGAGACCAGCAACCUUCUUACCGACCUCCAGGAGGAGAUAGAGACUCAGAAACAGCAGCACGAGGCCAGAGUGAUGUCCAUACGCACCGAGGAGAAGCAGAAAGUGGACAAGAUGGCGGAGGACCUGGACCAGAAGUGGACAGAUGCUCUGAGGGAGGAGCUGCGUCUGUUGAAGGAGGAGCUGGUGGAGGAGUACGAGGCAGACAAGCAGGCAGCCCUGAGCCAGCUGUCUCAGCAGAAGGAGGUGGAGAUGAUGGCGGCUAGGGAGGGGUGGCAGAGGAAGGUGGAGGACCUGCUAGAGCAGAUCUCCCUGCUGAAGCAGAGCUUGGAGCUGCAGCUGUCCCAGUCCCAGGCCGCGCUGCAGCAGCUGCAGGCAGGGUUCAGCCAGGAGCGUGAGCGGCUGUCCCUGCAGCUGGCGGACCUGAGGAGGGAACACCAGCGACGGGAGAAGAGGCUGCAGGAUGCGCACUGCUGCGCCCUCAGCACCAUGGAGGACGCCCGGCAGCAGCACAUCAGGGCCCUGGAGGAGCGUCUGAAGCAGGAGCAGAGGGAGGAGGUGCUGGCGCUGAAGGAGGCUCACAGACGCACCCUGGAGGUGUUGCGCCAGCAGGCCGGGCAGGACCUGCAGACCCUGCGCUUUGAGCUGGAGGACGAGGGCAAGGCCAUGCUGGCGUCACUGCGCUCGGAGCUGAACCACCUCCACGCCACGGCUAUCGAACACCUCCGCCAGCACCAGCAGAAGGAGAACACAGCGGCCAAGCUUCAGCUGGAGGGCACCCUGGAGCAGAGCAAGCAGCAGGAACAGGAGCUGUUUGGUCGUAUCUCGGACCUGCAACAGGAAGUGUGCUGUCGGACCAAUCGCAUCACAGACCUGGACCACGAGAUCCACUCCCUCAACGAGACCAUCGAUACCCUGACCCGGGAACUGGAGCUGAAGGGGAAGGAGGUGCUCCGGGUCCGGAGCGAGGCCAACCACCAGAUCAGGGCUCAUGAGCAGGACCUGACCAGGAGGCAUGAGCGUGAGCUGGGGGAGCUGGGAGCGUCUCAUCACAGAGAGACUCAGAUCAUGCUGUCAGACUUCAACAAGGCCCAGGAGCUGCUCAAAGACAAGAUCUCCGCCCUCCAGAUCCUAUUGGAAGGAACAGAGGACAAGUUCCGGAACCGCGAGAGCCGUUUGGAGGACCUGCAGGUCAUCGCCGAGCUGAAGGACAUGGUGUCAGAGAGGGAGUCCCUCGUCAAGAAACUGGUGGACGAUAAGAAGUUUUAUCAGCUGGAGCUGGUGAACAGGGAGACUGGCUUUAACAAGGUGUUCAACACCAGCCCCAACAUAGGGGUGAUUAACCCACUCAUUAAGCUGAGGAGUGGCAGGGCAGGGAACGGAGACGUCAGCUCUCAAAACCUAAAUGUUGAGGACGAGGAGGAGGGGCUAGGCCCGGGGUCUGCCCCCCCCUCCCCCCUCCACCCCGCCCCGCCCCGCUGUAGUAGCCCUCCGCCCCCGUCCUCCAGCCUUCCUCCGCACCCCCAGCCUGACCUUCAGAACCCUCGGAGCCCUCCUGAGACUGACGAGGUGACCAGUGCGGAGCCGCAGGAGGAGCUUUACGCGCAAUACUUUACGUUCUGACUCCGCCCGGAGGAGACGACCUUAGAGCAUGUGAAAAAGAUAAUUAUUCAUAAAACACACAACAUGGCUCUGCGUUCAUUCAUACACUGUGAACUGUUAUGUUUGUUAAACUUUUUGUUAUUUUUUUUUGUUGCGUUAAAAUAUGAUUAAUGAUGAUGAUGUUUUGUUAUGGCCUGUUAUUAUGCAAUAUCUGCGUCGGUGCAGAAAAAACGUAUUUGUUAAAUAUAAUGCCACUGUAAGGAUCGGGGUCCUUUUUAAAUUACUGUCACUUACUGUCGGAUCUGUAAGCAGUCUUAUGAAUCUGAAUAAUCCCCUGGAAUAUUAAGAGCACUUUUCAUUUUAAUGUCUAAACAGUCAAGAAUGAUGUUGGAAAAGGCUCCUAAUGUGACGGUUUUAAGUGUGUGUUAACAGUUGCAUUCUCCAAAGUGUUAAACACAAAUUAUGUCUUGCCAGUUUCAAAGUAAAUAGCACAAUAUAUCUAUAUUUAUAUUAUACAUGUCUAUUAUAAACAAUAAACAACUAUUGUGACAUUU